AUGGGAACAUCCUCCAAUUGGUCCUUUGGACGGCGAGUGCUGGCCAUGACUCACGAGCGCCUCACUGGGGAAGAGCUACCCCCCGAUAACCUGUUGUUCCAUGACGAUGUAUAUGACUUCGGAUGGAACGGAGUCAGAUCACAAGCCUCGUCGCCUGACAAUUUUGACGACUCCAUGCUCCCAACCCCGGACUUUGCUGUCUACCUGAUAAAUGCAGUCAAAUUCCACUGUGGAGGAUUAUUCUACCUUUAUGACGAAGACUCGUUUAUGAAUCGAAUGAGUCGAUUUCACGAAAACCCUUCUGAAUUCUCACAGAGGUUUCCUUUGUGGUAUGUCCAAUAUCUUCUACUCCUCGCUUUUGGCAAAGCCUUUGCAACCCCUGCCGUCAAGUCGCGCUGGCCUGCGGGGAUUGAACUCUUCACACAAGCCAUGAAAGAAAUGCCGGACCUCACUUUUUUCGACGCCGACCCCUUGGAGCUCAUACAGGUACUCUGCUGCAAGGCCCUGUAUCUUCAAUGCCUCAAUCGUCGAUCUCCAGCACAUCGCACGAUUGGCAAUGCUCUCCGCCUUGCGCUCGAGAAUGGCUUGCAUACUGAAAUGUACAGCCCGCUGCUUGAUGCCGACUACGUCCGAAAGUGCCAGAUCAUGUGGUGGAAUAUAUACAUAUUGGAGCGACAAAUGUCUUCUCUCCAGGGCAUUCCCGCCGGUAUACCAGAGGAAUGCAUCAGCACCCCAUUUCCACCGCUGGCUGGCAGCGCCCUAAAAAUCCAAGUCAACUUAUCUCAGAUACUAUCUAAAAUCGAUCAAACUGUGUACGGUGCUGAAGGCAAAAUUGGCAGUCGAUAUCUGGAAGCCACACGAUCUGUACUCAGAGAUAUUGCUGGUGUGGCCGAGCAGGUCAACAGUGCGUUCAAUAUCCAAACCAAGAAAGCUUUCAAGGGGAUUUCCCGCGUAGCGGCGCACAUUCAUCUUCUUCAACAUCAGUGUAUCAUAAUGAGCACCAGGCCGUUGCUAUACAUUUUCCUACAAGCAAAACUUGAUAGGGCUGAUAAUCAGCUGAUGCGGUGGUUGCAAUCUGAAAGCAUUACUGGCCUUCUCAACAUAUGUGUUGAGUCUUCGCAGCAGAUUAUCCGGAUUCUCUGGUGCCUACUUGACCAAGGGCUUCUAGAGACAUUUCUUCCCUUCGAUUUGGAUGCCGCGUUCAGCUCAACAAUCGCCAUACUAAUGUCAAAAGCCACCCACUCAUCGUUGGUACAAGACCACAGUCACUGGAUAGAUCGAGCUUACACCAUCAUUUCUGAGAUGAGUAGCCGAGGGAGCGUAAUAGCUGUGAUGAUCAAAGGGGAAUUAAAACGUGUGGAUUCUAACUUGCAACAACUGCUAUCGAGCGGAGAUGAAUCCGCAGGCUUAACUGGUGAUAUCUUCCAAGAGAGCGGCUGCUCUGACGAGGCGCCCGUUGAGGAUAGCCAGGGGGACUUUGCAAGUAGCAUGUUCAACAGCUCAGAUCUGCAGUAUGAGCUUAGUGCCGAGCAACUCAUUUCC